AUUACAACAAAUUUUAUGGAAACAUGGGAAAUUAUUUGAUCUCCGGGAACCGUCCAUCAUUAAAGCUACAGUCCAUCAUGCUAUUGAAACUGGUACUUAUCCACCAAUUUAUACUUCACCAUAUCGUGUUUCAUACAAAGAUGAACAAAUCCAAAGGGAAGAAAUUGACAGAUUACUCAAGCAAGGAAUAAUUGAAGAAUCUAAAUCGCCAUGGAAAUUAAACAAUAUUACGACCAAAGAUGCAUUUCCUAUACCUCGGAUUGAUGAUAUCUUUGAUCAUUUUUCACAAGCUGAAUAUUAUACAACCAUCGACUUUAAAUCAGGUUAUUUUCAAGUUGGUCUGGACCCCAAAGAUCGUCCGAAAACAGCUUUCUCAACCCGAGAUCAACAUUAUCAAUUUACAGUGUUACCUCAAGGUGUUACAAACGGUCCACCAGCAUUUCAACGCAUUGUUAGUCAAAUACUUGGACCUACAAGAUGGCAAUAUUCAUUAGCUUAUCUGGAUGAUGUUAUAAUAUAUUCACCAACAUUCGAUCAACAUUUAACACAUCUUGAUGAUAUUCUCAACCGUUUAAAUGAUGCAAAUUUUCGUCUUAAUGUUAACAAAUGUCAAAUAGCAAAAACGUCGAUUGAUUAUCUUGGUCAUCACAUUGAACGUAGUAAUAUUAGACCGAAUGCAGACAAUAUUCGUGCAUUAUUGGAAACUCCACAGCCAACAACAGCAAGAGAAGCAUUUCGAUUCGUCAAAGCUGCUGAAUAUUACCGCAAAUUUAUACCUGGAUUUUCGACAAUUGCACAACCCUUACAUAAAUAUGCACCUACUACAAAAGAACAACGAUCACAAAAAUCACAAUCUACACCUAUUAUUUUAUCCGAUGAAGAACUUCAUGCAUUUAAUGAAUUGAAACAGAUAUUAACUAAUGAUUUAGUAUUACGUAUUCCCGACCAAAAUUUCCCAUUUAAGAUACAAACCGAUGCAUCAAAAAUUGGAAUUGGAGCUGUACUUAUGCAAACUCACCCAAAUGGGGAUCUACCACUAGCUUAUUUAUCAAAGAAAUUUACAACAACCCAAAUGAAUUGGCCUGCAAUAGAACAAGAAUGUUAUGCUAUUAUAUAUGCAAUCGAAAAGUGGCAUAAAUAUUUAGAUGGACGUUCAUUUACUAUUGAAACAGAUCAUAAACCAUUAUUACCAUUCAAUUUAAAACAACAAUUAAAUUCGAAAUGUGAACGAUGGCGUUUAAAAUUACAACAAUAUCAAUUUACUAUUCGAUAUAUUAAAGGAAAACAUAAUACGGUAGCUGAUUAUUUAUCCCGUUCACCAGUAGAUAAUGGAACAAAUGAUGAAGACGAUUAUAAUCCAACACAAUCUAGAUCAACACAAACUGAUAAUUGUAUGAAGACACAAAUUAUUGCACCUGUCAUGACUCGUAGACAAGCAAGACAACAACCUAAUGAGAGGACUGAUCAUCAUUUAUCAGAUCAGACCUGUGAUGGAAACCGACAAGCGAGGAAUGCCGACAUACCAAUCGACCAUUCCUGUAUUCCAAAAGCCAACCAACUACCGACAUCGAUCUACAACACCGACUGUGAUAAAAUAAUACCAUUUACAUUGGAACAAUUAAAAGAAUUACAACAUCAAGAUGAUGAAAUUAACAACAUCAUUCACAACAUCAAGAACUACAAAGAAUAUUUUGUUAAAAAUAAUAUGUUAAUGAAAAAAGCAUUUCCGCCAGUACCAGUUAUACCCAAGGGAGGAAUACGUUCCGACAUAAUUAAAAUUUAUCACGAUACACCUGCAAAUGGUGCUCAUUUCGGUCGAGAUCGAACUAUCCACAAAAUUCAACAACGAUAUUAUUGGCCUCAUAUGAUUUCCGACAUUCAAAAUUAUAUAAAAUCAUGUCUGCCUUGUUUACGAAACAAUCCUCUACGGCAGAAACCACCAGGUGCUUUGAAACCAAUCAAACCUCCGGAAGGUGUAUGGCAAUUACUUACAAUGGAUUUUCACGGACCGAUUACACCAACAACAAAACAUGGUAAUAAAUAUAUUAUUUUAUUAACUGACGUAUUAUCAAAAUUCGUAAUUACGAAAGCAGUCCGUGAUUGCACUGCUUCAACUGCCGCACAAUUUUUGAUCGAGGAAGUGAUCCUUAAAUAUGGCACUCCGAAAUGUAUUCUUACAGACAAUGGUACUCAUUUUACAGCAACGAUGAUGACUGAAUUAUUUAAGAAAAUUGGUAUUACACAUUUAUAUUCAACACCUUACCAUCCAAUGACUAAUGGACAAAUAGAAAGAUUUAAUGCAACAAUGGAUGCUAAAAUAGCAGCAUUAUCAAAUGAAAAACGUACGAAUUGGGAUGAACAAUUACCAUUUGUUACAUUCAAUUACAACACCACUAUCCACAAAACAACUGGACAAAUUCCAUUCAAUUAA